AUGACACAUCCGCUUUCCGCAGCUCCCAAGCUUUUAAGUCUAAAUCCCCAUCACGAAGGAACAAGCUCGUGCGAUAUGUUACUCGAAGAUGAAAUCAUACUAGGUCAGCCAGAAAGAUGGCACUUUGGAAGGGACAGUAGUGGUGAUAUUACCAAAUGGGAUGACAACUACAUCGCUUCGCUUGUGUGUAAUGGAUGUUUUCACCUUGUGACGGCGGAUGGGAGUCUGUACACUCAGGAUGUGCCAGGUGAGCAGGAAUCGAAAACCCUGCCGCUUCUGGAAUCUGAGUUUAGGAUCGCUCAGCAGCUCCUUGCUAAUGGAGGGUCGUUUAUUAUCAAGAUCUACACUAUGUACCUGCCGGAAACGCGUCUUUUGAUUAGUGAUAUUGCUUCACAUUUUGCCGACGUUUACGUAUUUAAACCAAUGUGUAGUAAAGGAGGAAACAACGAGCGUUAUCUUAUCUGCCUGGGAUUCAAUCGUUCUGAACCAAAAGACCAAGAUGAAAUCAACGGCAACAAUAUUCUUGUGGAUUGUGAAGCUUACUUCUCCCGAUUGCAAAGCUUCUUCAUCAGGGCGAAUUUGGAGACGUACAAUACUAUAACAAAGGCUGAAGUGAGUGUAUAUCGCGAUCGUGUGUUCAGAGAAUUCCACAGACGUGCACUGACGAGUUAUAUAGCAAAUCCGCUACGGAUAUCUCAUCUUAAUCAAGAAGCGGUAGAUCGUCCAUGGAUUAGCAUGUUCGGGCAGAAUUACGUUGAAACACUGCGACAAAUCUGUGACAAGCGAUCUGCGCUUGAAUUUCUCAAAAGCUUCCAUCAGUCGGAUGUGAUGACCGAACAUGAAGCAAUCGGUAGUGUUGAGGUUGAGUUCGCUGAAGACGAGCUUGAAUUCCUUGAGUGGCCCCUGCAGGCUCUCUUAGAUGUUAAGGUGAUUGUGGCAGCGCCACCUGUCCUUCAAAAAUUGCAUUCGUUAUUUGUCCCUCCAGGUCUCCUACGAUCUUUGCUCAUGUGGAAACCUGAGGCUUUGGUUGAUCUCUGCGGCACUUCUUCAUCAAAUGGAGGAGAUCUCAGUCAGUACGUGCAAUCUCUAGAGUUCUGUGGAAAAGUAUCGGUGGAUGCUUAUCAACUGCAAUCGCAAAAGGAUUGGUGCUAUUUGUUGAGCAGUAUACUCAGUGGAGUUAAGAAGGAGAAAAUAUCAGAGUUGACGAUGGUUUGGUCGGAUUCGUCGAUUCCAUUUGUUCUUUCCCGUUUUUCUGCUUCCGUGAUAGCAAUACUUUGCGUGAUGUUCUUCCAGUUUCGAUUUGGAGAUCAACAUUCGUUAGCCACGUUCUUCAAGCCGAACUACGCAGAAGACAUCCCAUCCAGUCUAGAAUGCUAUCUUUUGAUGUUGACCUCUGAAGUCCUGUCGGAAAUGGGUAGUCUUCACUGUUUUGUACCAUCGUCAAUGCUAGCAAUGUUGCACCCUUAUCUUCUUGAACUGAAUCGUCGACAAGUGGCAAUCCUUACUCGCAGCAGAAAAUCUGGACGCUGCUGCCUCAGCCGUAGAGAGUUAAUAUAA